CUUGUAUUCACAUUAACACAAAAUGAAGUGCAUCUUCCUCCUCAUCUGCUUAACUGUCCUCGUCAGUCAUGCACAAGGCUUAAUUCUGGAUAAGAUGUUCAACAUUCUACCUCCCACAUUGAAGAAGCUGGUCAAGAAGGUGGUUCAUUGGGCGUGUCCGAAUGAGCGAGCGCCAAGCGUAGGAGGCGGGGCAUCAGAUGUGACGACUACGAAGAAGGUGACGACGACGGUGAAAGAGUCUCGCAAAUGAUCAAUCCUCGUUGGUGUCAUAACAAAAUGUUGGUAUAUGUUUCUCGUGAUAAUGAAUGUAGUGAAUUGUGAGAACUGUUUUCAUUUGAAUAUUUUCAAGUCA